AUGAUUCAUGCCGUUUUGGAUAAAUCCAAUUUCAGUAAUUAUGUUUCCCAACACUCAGAUAAACCAAUUAUAGCUAUGUUACAUAUGAAUUGGUGCGGCCAUUGCAAGCAUGCUCAUCCUUUUUUUAAUGAAAUGCAAAAUUAUUUCGCAGACUUCGAAGAACUUAUUACAACAGAUGUAGAAUGUGAGGCAAAUCGCGAAGUAUGCUCUCAAUUUUCAAUAUCUGGAUAUCCAUCGUAUUUUAUUUUAUAUCAAGGCAAAAAGACUAAUAAAUUUUGCAAAGCGAACUACGACUAUAUGGUAAACUAUGGAUACGAAGUCAUGGAAGAGGUAUAUGGUUCGAAUUUAACUCAAAUUAAAGAUGAAAAAUACAAAAUCGAUAAAAUUCCAUACAUAGAAUUCCUCGAAGAGCCAAAUAACUUAACACUGCUGAAUUAUGCUAGAUAUUUACUCAGAAAACCAGAAUUUAAGACUCUUAACGCUUAUUACAGAAAUUCAACUGAAGCUGGACCAAAUGGAACAUUAAUUUACCAUUUUUCUUCAACAAACUCUAUCAAGUGUAAAGAUCCAUUAACUUUUCAGAACGUCAUUAACUUUUUACUCAAAUUUACUUCAGAUAUACGAGAAGAAUGGGACUUUAAGAGUAUUUUAGAGUCUCAAAAGUUGUUUAGUAUCUAUAUCCCGCGUACAUCAAUGGAUAAUCUGUUUUAUAGAAAGUGUGCCAAUCAUUUCUCAAGGAUUUCCACGUUUGGCCAUUCCAAAUCAGUUGGUACUAAAAUUGUUGCUAGUAAAUUUGGUCUUUCUAAUAAAGAACUUCCGGCGAUUGUUGUAUUUGAUCCAAAUACAAAGAAAUUCGCCAAAUUUGCAAAAUCUUCGAAUAUAACAGAACUUGAGCAAUUCUACCAGAGUAUAACUGAUGGAAAAGCUAAUGAAGAAAAUUAUAAUCUUGAUGAUUCCAUUUUUGACGUCAUAUCGCAGAGCAAUUUGGCAAUUAUUUCACUAUCUCUUUCAAUAGGUAUAAUAAUUGUUGGAGUUCUGUUUUAUACUUACAAUUGUGCACUUGGAAACUUGAAAAAAAUGGACUAA